UUAGAAUUCUGGAAGCUCAUCCAUCAAAAAGAGAAAGCUGAAGAAGAAAGAACAAGAAUAAAAGCAGCACUAUAAGUGAGAAAGCUAGAGAGAUAGAGACACACAGAGACUACAUAAGAGAUGUAUAGAUUUAGCAACACAGUGAUCGGUUUCUUGAACCUCUUCACCCUCCUAGGGUCGAUACCGAUCAUCGGCGGAGCCCUAUGGAUGGCAAAGAGCAAAACCACCUGUGAAAGCUUCCUCCAAACCCCACUUCUAGUGGUUGGCUUUGUCAUACUCAUCAUCUCUCUCGCCGGCUUCAUCGGUGCUUGCUUUCACGUUGCAUGGGCUCUUUGGGUGUACUUGGUGGUCAUGUUGUUCAUCAUAGCGGCAUUAAUGGGUUUAACCGUGUUCGGGUUCGUCGUCACCGCCCAAGGUGGUGGUGUGCAGGUUCCUGGUAGGGUUUAUAAGGAGUAUCAUCUGGAUGACUACUCGCCGUGGCUGAGGAAGAGGAUUAAGGAUCCUCAUUACUGGAUGACCAUCAGAAGCUGCAUACUGAAUUCCAAAACUUGUGCUAAGAUUGCUUAUUGGACUCCUCUUGAUUAUCUAGGGAGAGACAUGUCUCCCAUACAGUCUGGUUGCUGCAAGCCUCCAACUUCAUGCAACUAUGGGGCAAGCAUGUUGGCCCAAGAAGCGGACUGCUACCGGUGGAACAAUGCCCCGAACUUCCUGUGCUACGAGUGUGAUUCGUGCAAAGCCGGCAUGCUCGAGAACGUGAAAAGGGAUUGGCACAAGCUCUCUGUUCUCAACAUUGUCGUGCUCAUCUUCCUCAUUGGCAUCUACUCAAUUGGGUGCUGUGCUUACCAGAACACCAAGAGGGCCGAAUCGGAUCACCCGUAUGGACGGAACCAGAUGACCAAAGUCCGACCCAGAUGGGAUUUCCACUGGUGGAGAUGGUGGCAUGACAGAAGACACCAGCUUUAUUAAGGGAAGCUUUUUUCUGAUGAGUUUGUGUUAUUGGUUGUUCAAAAGAUGGAUCAAUUAUGUGGUUUUUAAGUACUGUUUUAUAUUACCUUUGUUUUCUUAUAUAUACGUAUAUACCUGCUUUUUGUACAAAGAAA